CUGAACUGUGCAGGUAUUUUGGUGUUUUGAACUUUCACAUUAGCUUUACUGAAGAAAGAGGUCAUAAAAGUGUUUGUACGAGUGAUAUCUACAGUUGGUUCGGACUUUCCUCUCGAGGUCUUUAAUGGCAAUCGUAAGAACGGGAAGCCGAGGUUAAACUAGUAGCAUGUGAUUUCUUUAUAGAAAGCAACUCGAAGUGGCCGCCUUAAGACUUGCUAUAUCAUUGCAAAGUACAUUCAGUUUAUUAAAAACCAUGAAGAACGUGAAGGAAAACGUUUCGUUCACGUGUAUGCACUUUCGGAGUAAGCUUACGUCUGUAAAAGCAGUGAGUACUUUACUAUGAACAAAAGAAAUUGAACUUUGAUGCAAUAAUCAGAGGUCUUGAGCAGAGGAUGUUUACUAAGUAAUUACUGAGAGAAUCAACAGCUGAGAGAAAACUGCGAUGAAUAAAACUCGUAAAAGGAGUACUAGAGAUUUGGAUGUAGCGACAAGUGACUACAUUCAUCUACAAGGGGCCGGAUUAUCAGCAAACAACGACAUAAGUUUGGACCACACUGGUGUCAAACAAGAGAAGAUUAGGGACGGUUAUAAUGAAAACUCAAGUACUGGAUCAAGUGAUUGCAGCUAUGACCAAGCUACUGGUAUUAUAAGCAUUACAGAAGCUGAAUGUGAAGAAGAGGUUGAUGUUGGAUCAAACGACUAUUUGAAUGACCAAGUGUCUGUUACUGGUAGUUUGCAACAAAAGAUUACUGAGUCUAAUAGUGGAAGGGUUAUUUAUAUGGAAGUGAAUGGAGAUGGUGAUUGUAUAGAAAACAUAAGUGCUGGGUCUGUUGACUCCAUAAGUGAUCAAAAUGCUGGGGUAACUUCUACCAAAGGUGGAGAAUUGAAUCAAAAAAGUACUGAGAUCAGUGACUUGAAGUUACCAGCAAUUCAACCCAAAAUAUUUAGUCAUGAACAUGGUAGGGAUUCCAUUAGUUUAGAAAAGGAACCUGUUUCCAUGGAUGUCCACUCAAUGGAUGGCAAACAACUUGGUGGUGAAGAAGAUGGGGAUGAUGAAGAUGUUGAUCAUCAUAAUCGCUUUUAUUUUGAAUCAGAUCAUUUGGCAUUGAAAGACAAUAAACAGUAAGUGUAAUUUUCAAGAUAAAAACAUGUUAUGCAGUACCUAUGAGACGGUUUUCUGCAUUUGCUUAACAUGUUUACCAGAAAAGACCAAUAACAGCACUCUUUUCACUUAAUAGUACAGUAGCAGUAUCAUGCAAAUUCCCACAGUAUAUUCCUGCUCAGUAAAUUGACACCAGUGGCCUAAUGGAGACCAGCAUUACAUGAUCGAAAGGUCAUUAUCUGUAACAAAGUGACUAAAUUGUAAGACAAGCAAUCACAUAACAUGAUGAAUUAUAUAAAUCAUUGCAAUCAUCAUGUUAUGUGAUUGCUUGUCUUACAAUUUAGUCAAAGUGUUUUGUCAAUUAUCCUGGUAUGGUAAAUUAAUGAAAUAUUGGUAAUCAGUGUAAAUCAAUAGAAGUAAAUUAAUGAUUUACAUGUAUACUGGAUUUGAUGAUUAAUCACUGAUAAAAAAUUUUGUGACUUUUAUCAUGAUUGAUUUUUAUCUGUAAAUGAUAAAUCAUCAUGUUAAAAAGUCACAAUGUUAAACAAAUUAUGAUGUUUUCCUUUUGGAUCAGUUAUUCUUAUUAUUACAACAGCAACGUAGCAACUCUCAAAAGAGAUGUAUAUAUGCAGUGCCAGUUAUUGAGGAAUAGAAAUGAAGGUGAUUGAAAAAUUCUUCUUGGACUACCGAUUUACCUACACCAGUCGAUUGAUGUGGCGGAUUGAUUGAUUACUGAUUAUUGAUUUUCAUUUAUUGACCACUCCAGGUUAUCAGACAGGUUUCCAUAGCAACAGAAUAAAAUGCCCUUAAUCUUGCUUUCAAGUGAUGGUGACUCGACAGCUUGCACAACUCCAUUUCUGCUAUCACAUUUCAAAAAGUAUUAAACAGGAACAAAUUUAGAGCAACAUUAAUUUUUGACAAUAUUUUUUGUAGUUAUCAUCUGCUUUUACAGUCCUUGUUGGUUCUAGAAUCACAAAGGAGUCAAGCUGUCAAGGUAAUUUUAAAUUUCUAUCAUAAAAAAGUAUGAAAGCUGCAUUACAAUAAUAUUAUUAUUCAAUAUCUUUGAUGCUCGAAACCCUCUAUUGAACCCCUGCUAGGGCUUAUUUAUUUAGAGGGGGACUUUUUCAAUUUAGCAAAAGAACCAGAGUCCAUUAUUCUCCAUAACAAAUUAGAAUGUGAAGUGGCAUGCAAAAGCUCAAGCAAAUGAGGUUGGAGGUCAUGCAGCCAUAGAUAUAAAACAAUCUCCACGUGUAUCUGGUGAAUAAACUAUACUGAAUAAGUUUACAUGAAGUGUUACAGUCUUGAUUAGUUUAUACAGUUAUACAGUGUAUCAUGCAUUAAUUUUAUUGUGAAGAGUAAGGGGGGGGCUUAAAAGAGAGGGAGGCACAAUAACGUUCUUCUUCUUACAAGGGGGGAGGCUUAUUAGACAGGGAGGGGGCUUAAUAGAGGAUUUAUUGUAUUUAAAGAUAUUUAUCAAUUUUACAUUAUAUCGUGAACUCUUUCACUCCUAGGCCAUGUUAUGGUGUGAUUAUUUCUCAUUCAAAUUUUUGAUCUGUGGAUGAAAUCCUAUAGUCUUAUCAUUAAAAAUCCCCUAAAUUAAAGUGACUCUUUUAUAGCACCAUUUAUUUUUUAAGAUUUGCAAAAUGAAAUUUGAUAUACUUUUUUGUGAAUGUUUUUUGUCCACUGGCAGGAGUAAUAGGGAUGAUGCUUAUAUAUGACCUCUUGUGAGCACAGCCACCUUUUCAAAAGACCAGAAUUCUUGCAGUUAAAGAACCACGGUUUGAACCUCUUGUGAAGGCACUGAUCCUUAUAACUGACCACAAACAUCUCUUUUGUGUUACAACCACUUGUCACAUAGGCUGAUUGCCUAUCAAAGGAUUACAAAUAAAUAAUUAUUAGAUAAUGCAGUGGAGAUGUGGCAGAGUCAACUCUUGCAUGUGUUUGUUGUAGGUGAAAUUAGUUCUCAUUUUUAACCAGAAUUUUCUUUGUCUACCUUAAAAUAGUAAGGGCUUGAAAUCAUAGGAAAUUCUGAAUCAAUCUACAAUCACAGACAAAAGUAGGUGGGAGGUUGUACAACUUAACAGUAGUCCAUUUUAAUCCUCAAAAAAGAGAGUUUUCUCUUUCGCUAAAUAUCCCCUGUUCCCCCUAUUCAAUGUUGGGAUGUAACAGAACAUUUACACGCGCAAACAUGAAUGUUUUGCUCAACACUGGGCCAGGGGCGGGGGGAGGAAGGAAAAAAAGAGGUAAAAAAAGCAACCUUUCCGACAAUUUUGACGAUGAUUGUACGUUAAAUACUGGUUUAAUCUGAGAAUGGAUUUUACCUACAAUCAUCCAUGACCACUUCCUGCAAGCAACCACCAAAUCUUGUUAUUUUGGGUGCUCCCUUUUUUUUCAAGAAGUUGGGUUGUGUUUACCUUCUGAAGGAACUAAGAAUUGACUUGCCGUGUUUCUUUUCUUUCUAUUUUUUAAAGGACCUUGAUGUUCUUUACAAACAACAAGCCAAAGCUCUUCAAGAUCCCAUCAGCUUUGUGGAGAAGCUACAAAAUAAUGUAAAUUGUUCAAUAAUCUUACAAAACAUUGAUUUACUUACUGGAAGAAAGUCACGUACUGUGGUUGUCAGUAGUCAGCACAACUAAAUGCUGCAAUGUUUGUUAAUGUGGGUUGUCUACCUUAAUUGAAUGUCUUGAUGUAUUGUCAAGAAUGUCUUGUUUCUACUUGGCUACUUCAACCUGAAAACACCAUCAGAAAUGACAUUACAACAUGCAUCAUAAGCUAACAGGGGAAGGCCUUUUGCCAUUACAUGUGCCUCAUACUCCUUGCUCACCUCAUGCUUGCCUUCGCUUGCCUGAAAAACAUGAAAAAAUAAUGCCAGUUCUGCAGGCUCACCUUUUGCAUCUACAGAAGUUGACUGUGACACACAGUGUGACUUUCAUGGUUAUUUUUCACACCUCAUAGGGAUGGUACUAAUGCUUUAUUAUACCUGCCAACUCACACGUGUUAUAGGUUUGUCACAUGCCUGUAAAUUGAAAACUUCAGCCUCAGUAAAGCUACAGGACGAUUCACUUGCAUAACAGACAAUUCCAAAAAAAAAAACAACAACCAAGUAGGUUAUCUCACCAAGAUAUUUGCAAUCUCAGCUAUAAAAGCUUUGCAAGAUCUCAUGAUACCUCGGCAAGAUGGUGCCUUAAAAAUCAUCAGAAUGUCUGAGGAAAUCUCUGUUACGUUGAAAGUUACCGUAAUGUCUUCAUUAAGUUACCGUAAUGUCUUCAGAACAUUUCUAAAGUUGAAAAUCACAUGCAUCUGACUUAGCAAAAGUUGGGAGGUAUAUUUAUGUUAGCUCACGAAUUAUUGAUAGAAUUAUUGAUUCUUUAUCUAUUUCCUUUUGUUCCAUUUAGGAGCCUUUGGAUCUUCCAACACAUCACAAUGUAGUUAAGCUCCCAUUCAUUCCCUGGGAGGAGUACUCCAUAUCCCUUAGCACACUUGAUAAGCAGAGAUUAAGCAACCCACACCACACUAGAGCUGCCACCUCACAGAAUCCAGGAAAAGGUAUGACUUUUUUAUGAAGGCGAGCUUAAUAACGGAACCUCCUAAAGUAAUUCUUGAUACUAGCCAUAUCUUUACUAACCUUCAUAUGGGUUUGCUUUGCUAGCCCUGGAUACACUCAGGGUAAAAGAGGUUUACUUUAUCACUUUCUCUUGUAAAGCAGUAUUAAGAUUGGAAAAAAAUUAUAGUAACUUAGUAAAUAUAGAACAAAGGCCUCCAUUCCAGUGUUGUCUGUUCAUAUCACUCAGUCAGGUAACUAGAAGUUAGAAAUAUAUUGAUUUAAAUUUGUAAAUAUAUUAAUGCCAUUAUAGUUUUUACUGUAGGUUUUUAUUUUUUGUUUUACAGCUAGUGAUUCUGCAACAAAUUCUACUGAUGGAAAUGAAAGUGCAUCAAUGUCUUCAGAAAGUAAUUUGUAUAGUGUGUUUGGAGGGGAAUUUGUAGCAAGCAAGCAUGGAAAGCCAUUAGGGCGAGAAAGGUGUGGGUACUUUUUGAGAUGUUUCUACUUUGUAAUAACAUUUUUUAUUUUUUUUAUUUUAUUAGCUUUGCCGUCCGUAACAGUACACUAAUAAUAACUUAAAUAUUUGGGCAGGGACACCACAACAGCUUAAGCCAAUUACUGCGAACCCAAAAAAUUAAAAGAUAUAAAAGUAGCAAAUUAUUUAAAUCACAUGCAGCAGCUAAUUUCUUGGUCUAAAAACCUGGCUGUGUUACAUUUCAAGCAAAUACUUUUGAAGCUCCUGGGAGAGUCCGGGUCAUAGUUUAUUGCUAGAGCCCGCGAGUAAUAACCGUAAAGAACAGAUUUAAAGUUCUCAAAAGUAACAUUAUCUAGGUCAAGUCUAGUAAUAAGCAGGUUCCAGAUUCUAGUGGUUCUAAUGAAAAAAGAUUUCUGAAAGGUAGAAGUGCUGCAUGUUUUAGGCACAAAAGAUUGAGAGCUUGUUGCGGAUAUAUGGGUUCUUCACGCGCAUUCGCGCAUGAAUGGAACAAGAGACGGAUCUUAGUGAAUCAUAUUAUGCGUAGCCUUGUAAAAGUAUACUAGAUCUAGUAACUCGUGCCAGUAGCACACAGGAAGUAGGUUUACAGACAUUAGUCUUUCUUUGUAAGAGAUAUUUGUUAAAAAAGGCAAGCAAAGACAGUAUCAGCAUCUAUGACGCCACGUGAUGACCAGAUAGGAUCCAGGCAGAAUUUGUUGUUGGGUAAUAGCCUGGGACCAAGAAAAUCACAUCUAGUAAAAAAUUUUGCUGAUAUUUUACUGAAAUUUGUGGUAUCGGCUUUUAUUGAUAUAAUAAAUAUGCCAGCGAACUUUCAGAAAAACCUUUGGAGCAGAAGUCUGUAACUAAAAGUCGCUCAAAAUUCAGCUGUCAAAUUGUUUUGGAAUUGUAAAAAUAAAUUACUAUCAGGUAGAAGGAGCAAACGGUUCAAAUUUUUGGGACAAGUAAAUUCAAUGUUUGCUAAUUUUGAAAACAAAAACCGAUUACCUAUCAUGCUAUAGCCUCCCCUCAGACGUCCCUUGGGGUUCGUUCGUCACGCAUUCAAUUUCAUUUCUCCCCCACAGAGAAAUGACGUCUGAUAUCAGGCAUCUGAAAUGAGACGUCUGAUAUCAGACAUCUGAAAUGAGACGUCUGAUAUCAGACAUCUGAAAUGAGACGUCUGAUAUCAGACAUCUGAAAUGAGACGUCUGAUAUCAGACAAAUAACAUCAGACGUCUGAUAACAGUUAUAUUACAGCAGACGUCUGAUGUCAAACGUCUGACAUCAGACGUCUGCUGUCAUAUAACUGUUAUCAGACGUCUGAUGUCUGAUUUUAUAUGUUAUGUUAUAUAACUGUCAUCAGAUUUCUGAUAUGACAUCAGACGUAUAAUUAACAAUUAUUCCACGAGGGCGCGUUGGAUAUGAGAUGAUAGAUAGCCAACGAGGCGCAUAGCGCCGAGUUGGCUAUAAUCAUAUGCUGAUACUGUCUUUGCUUGCCUUUUUUAACAAAUAUCUCUUACAAAGAAAGACUAAUGUCUGUAAACCUACUUCCUGUGUGCUACUGGCACGAGUUACUAGAUCUAGUAUACUUUUACAAGGCUACGCAUAAUAUGAUUCACUUACAUCCGUCUGUUGUUCCCUUCGUGCGCGAAUGCGCGUGAAGGACCCAUAUAUCCGUAACGAACUCUCAAUCUUUUGUGCCUAAAACAUGCAGGACUUGUACUGAUAACAGUUAUAUGACAGCAGACUUCUAAUGUCAGACGUCUGCUGUCAUAAACACUGGGUUUUUGAGGAAAAAAAUGUAUUGAAACGGGUUCCUCGAAAAUCGUCCUUUCCUGAACCCUGAUAAAACUAAGCUUAUUGUUUAUGGAAGACGGCAAAGGUUACAAAAUCUCCCGGAUAUCCGUCUCUCCCUUUUAGGAAAAGAACUAAUAGCGGCGCGCUUCGUUAGGCGUGACUUUUGACUCGAGCCUUACUUUUCACGAGCUCAUCGUUAAAACAGUUUCUUCCUGCUUCUCAAGUUUAGUUCAAAUCAAUCGUGUUAAGCACAUGUUUGACAGAUCGACUUUAACCACAAUACCGUAUUUAUUCGAAUAAGCGCCCAACCUCGAAUAAGCGCUCAUCCAAAGGCAGAAAAAGUUAAUAAGCGCCCAGCCUCGAAUAAGUGCCCACUCUCAAGGUCCAAAAAUUUAAUAAGCGCCCAGGGCGGUUAAUCGAAUAAAUACGGUAAUUAAGACGGAAUCUAUUACGAAUUUGAGUAAUAUUAUUUUUCAGUGUAAAAAAACCUAAGUUACGAUGGGGUGUUCUUGAGUUAAGCUCUCGUUGUAUUAACAGCAUUCACCUUAUACUCGCCACUGAAGAAUCGACAUUAGGCUGAAUGAAUUGACCUGUUACUCUUGUGUAUCCUGGGUAUGUACCGUCAGACAUGACAACAUGAUAAAACACCUGGUCACUGCUAAGUAAUGUAAAUGCUUUUCUUUGUUGUCAUUUCCUUUAGUUUAACCAGUGUUUUUACCACAAGAAGUAGUGAUGCAACAAAUGGCAAAGUGGUACGUGGCCGUUUCUGCGACGACCAGAAACCAGGUACAUUUAAUCAACCAUGGACAACCGAAGAACAGGUAUGCGUAGAUUCUGGAGUACUCCUGGAUGGGUGGAGGGGUUAGGCGUGCUCCCUAAAACCCUGAUCCUAUUUUAGACCAAAUUAUAUGAUUUUUCCUACCCUAUUUGAAACCUAAACUGCUGUUCUGAAAGCAAAAAAUGAUACAUGAAGAACUACCUAAUUCCAGACCUUGGUCAAAGCACAAAACCUUAAUUCAGAACAAAAUGGUGAAAAUCAAGAGUAUUUCACACAAAAAGGGGCCUUUUGGUGUCACACAUAGCUAUUUUGCUUAUCUAAGGGAGUCCCUCUAACUUUAGCCUCCCACGCAGAUGUUCUUAGGGGUUCGUCACGACGCGUUCCUGGGGCAGGAACGCGUGAUGGACCCCUAAAACUGACGUGUGCUUGGGGGGCUACUCUAACUUGUGCAUAGUUGGAAAAGAAAGAAAUGAAGCCGGAUGGCAAUCAUGGGACGAAGUGAGGACCACAGCAGGUAACCGAGAAAAGCCUGGGGAAAGACUCUGUGAAGGGAGGCCUUACAUGUAUGUGUCAUGAGGCAUAAGGAGAAUAGGUGAAGGUGAAGGGAGUCCCUCCCCGGCUUUCAUAUUUAUGUGGCCUGGAUUUGUUUAUGUGGUUCUGACCUGCAGUACAGGCGUUUGCUUUGGGCGCGCGAAUGUUUUUGCUCGCGAAAGCGCCAUGUUGAAACUCCCAGAGAGAGGAGAAAAUGAGGCGAGUCUACCCAAUCUCCCUGUGUUAAAAAUCAAAGAUGGCGGCUACAAUAGUACGAGCUUAAACAAGCUUUCGCCCGACCAAAAUAGGCCUGCACUGCAGGUUAAUUUGGUUCCUCCAUAUGAAUUGAGACUGGGGUGCCGUGGUGGGUUGGGCUUGCAUAAUGAGUCAGAUCGGUCUCGAAUUAUUCACAGGAAAAAAUUUAUUUUAGGGUAUUUAAAGAAUACCCACAAAAAUCCCAAAUUUGGAAGAGUGAGACAAGUCCCAAUCUGGGAACUUAGUUGGGAAUUCCCUGGUUGGGACUUGUCUCACUUUGCCAAAUUUGCGAUUUUUAUCGGUAUUCUUUAAAUACCCUAAAAUAUCCAAAAAUGGGAAUCCGUUAUUUUUUCCUGUGAUUUUAAGGCUGGCUUCAUGUAAACAGAAGAAGGUAUUGUUACGUAGUGGAGAACAAUCUGAACCAUCUGAAAUCGUAAUGUAGCCAGCCUAGUUUUUGCGGCUCUUUGUGCUACAGUUUUUGUUUCACCUCCAGGCUAAAUUGGAGAAGUUGCUGCAGAUUUAUCCUCAAGAAGAAGUAGAGUCUAAGAGAUGGGAAAAAAUUGCGGCAGCAUUGGGAAACAGAACAUUAAAACAGGUCCUUUUUUUGUUAUAUUCUAAGGGGUUUGUCAGACUAACCGUUAGAAUUAAAAGCAGGAAAGCAGGGUCUCUACUCCACCUCUCCUCAAUUCAACUCCCGUAGUCAACAGCAGUUUUCUAUCACUUGAUUCCAUCUGAAUGUUGGUAUUGGACAAUAACAUAGAAAUUUAAUGAUUUGAUGGUCGCACAUCCACAAAGUGAGUUGUCGUCUACCAUAUCCCUUAUUUAGCUGAAAUUUGGAGAUGUUGGUGUUUGUAGAGGCAAGAUAGAGCUGCAGAUAACAAUCGGUCAUCGGGUGGUGUCUGACUAAAGUUAACCUAUGUUCGACCAAGGUCUCUAUGGUGGGAAGUGAUGUCUGGAUACCCAAGACUAUCGUUUUUGCACUUUAUGAAAUCUACCAUGAUCCAGUGAAUUUAUGGACGAGUGAUAAGUCCAGCUGCGAAUUCCGAGCAUACCAUGCACGAUGCGUCCAUGAUUGACUCCACUUACAUUUUUGCUCAGUAAAAAGUGCUCUUAUCGCAAAAACUCUUUAUUUGACACCCAAUGUUCAUGAUGGAGUUGUGAUUGCCAUGUUAAGACAACAACAUUUUGCAAAGGUGAAGACAGCAUGAUAGAACCACUUCCAUACGACCUGCUCUUUAUUACAACCCACCUUUUUCUGGCCCGGACAACGCAGUUAUUUCCGUACUUUACAACCACCGUAACACGUCCACCCCAUUAUUUAGACGAACGAUUACUUUUUGUUGCUCCCAAUCGUCAUAUUUCCUUGGUUAAUAUGACCAGUCGAAUUAUCUUGGUGAGAUUUGUCGGCAAGUGAAAAAAGACGAAGAGAGACGUUUUUUUUAAAACUGAAAGUCGUUCAAAGUGUGUAAUUGAACGCCCGAUAGAUAUAUUUUUUAAGAUGUAUAGUCAGACUGAAUACAUCUUGUCAUCACUACGUAGUUAGGCUUAUAGUUUCCUUAUAGUUUCACACUAUGACGCAUCCUAGUUUAUACGACCAAAUUUUCAUGGCCCAAAAGUGGUCGUAUUGGUGGAAAAUUAAUAUCUGGCUACGUUCAGUUUUAAAAUUUUAGGUUCGACCGCCUAAUGAUUGAUGUUCCCUUUUUAUUUAGGUUGCCAGUAGAGUGCAGAAAUACUUCAUCAAAUUAGCCAAAUCUGGAUUGCCUGUUCCGGGACGAAUGCCCAACCUUCCACGGCCUGGAGUUAGGGUUAGUUUAGUGGGGUGGUGGUCGGUCAAGUCGCCCGAAAGUCGUCUCGCCCGAAAUUUAAAGUAAAGUCGCCCGAAAUGUUGAGUUAUGUCGCCCUAAAUUUGAUCAUGCUCAACAACAUCCUAACAUUCUAUUACACAGUUAUCGCGCUUGUUUCGUCUCAUCAUUACCCAUUUGUUUUCGCGUUUCACUUCAUUGUGGUUUAAAGUGUGAGAUCUAUUACACACAUUACUUUGUUCUACUUUAUUUCUCAUUGUGUUGCACCUGUUUUAAUUUCAGGCGACCUAACUAUAAUUUUCCGGCGAUGUAACUCUUGUUUCGGGCGACAUAACUUCGGGCGAGAUGACUUUCGGGCGACUUGACCGGUUACCGGCAGAGCGCACUCUCCACUACAUCUACUUCUCUCCACUACACCGACAGCUGACCCAGCUUUGGUUAUUGGUUACUGCGAAAGUUGCGCAUGAUACGGAAUCAAAAUUCGUUCCCCAAUCUGACAGUCCCAUAGUCUGUUAGUAGGGAGUUAAAGAUACCACGAGAGCGACGGCCAGGAAAACUUCGCUUAAAAAGUUAUUUUGCGUUCUUUAAAUCUCUAUCGUGAUUAUUCCAACUCGCUUGCUUGGUCAAAUGUAAGCGAACUCUCCUGGAACCGAAUUCCUAACAAGCAUAUCCAAAUUCAGAGAAAAUUUCGUCUUCGCUUGUUUACGUCGUCCAUAAGACGUGAAAUUAGGCAAUUUCACGUCGUAGUCGUGCAACGAUGCUGGGUAAAGAAAUCAGUACAAAAAAGCGUGACACGUGCAAAAGUUGUUGUUUUGCCUUGUCAAGCUAUAGCUUUUUUGACGUUCUCGUUGACGUCGCCCUCGUGGUAUCUUAAACUGCUUAGUGCAAUAAAAACAACUACCCAGUCUUACACACAACUUCAACAUCGCCAAAUUCGCCACUUAAGAAACGUGAGGGAGACUGGACCGAGUUAUCUUUCACAAAGACUUCUGGACUAGGGACAGGGAAAGUAAUUGGCCAAUAGCUGACCAGCGCGUUCUCAGUAACUAUCCCAGAAACAAUUGCGGGUCGCAUUUCGGCUCCAGUUCCCUUCCCGUUUUUUACAUGGAGGUGGGGGACCCCAGGUAGGUGAGGUAACCCGCGGCGGGUCACCCCACCUAUCAUGUAAACGUGAUCAAAUUAAUAUAAGAGCUUAUAUGGCCUGGCGGGUUACCCCACCUAAGCGGGUUACCUCACCUACGUGGGGUACCCCGCCUCUAGGUAAACAGGUCCUAAACCUGUUGCUUUUUUGCCGUUCUUGUUGACGUCGCCGUCGUCGUUGCUUAAGCUCCCUAUUCACGCAAAUGGAACGGAAAUUUCUGUUCCAACCGGAAGGUCUUCCUUUUGUUGCGGAAAAUUUCCGGUCGAACCGGAAAUUUUGCCUAAAUGGAAAGUGCCCCUGGUUUUCUUAUAAUGUUCCAACUUUUGCAGAGCAAACGGGCAUCUCAUCACUAUCAAGCUCUUGGUUUUCGUAAUUCCACGUUCUUUCCGUCGUAUCGACCGAAAGUUUUGAUGGACGACGAAGAUGACGCAUCAAGCGUAGCUACAGAUGACACGGGCGGAUAUUUGUCGGUAAGGUGACUGCUUUUUCAAUAAAAAUAUUUUUAAAAUGGUAGCUUCAUCGCUACUUUCACAGUGUAGCUUACUGCUGGUCUAGCCUGAAUUUCAUCCGAUUACUUCGAGUCGUUAUUACUCCAGAGGAGAAAACGACUCGAAACAAUCGGAUGAAUUUCAGGCUAACUGCUGGUCAUUAUUAAGCGAUGAAUUUGAGUGAAUGCGAUACGCUGUUUAUAAAUGCGCUUGUUUGUGUAUCAAAGUAUCACGUUGUUUGUGUUUGGUUUCAAUGUCAUUGGUUUCACUGUCAGGGAUGGCACUAGGAUUUUUCAAUCUGGGCCCUCGGACCCACAUGUCCGGUCAAAUUGGGGUCCCAAGCAUUUUUAUGAGAAAGAGUGACUGGCAAAUUACUGUCAUACUGUUAACUAGUCUUCAUUGUCUUUUUUUUGUUGUUUGAAAACAUCAACUUUAGACAAUACAAUGCGUUACAGCGAUCUCUGCUGUGACUUUAUGUGAUUGAAAGUAAUUCUGUGAAGAAUCCUAAAAGGAGUCACAGAGCUUAUAAUGAUUGGACUUCCUCUUUUAGGGCCGGCCUGUUUACACGGAGAUGAGGGAUAGGUAACCCGCCUGUCCAUAGCCCGACCUCCAUGUAAACAGGCCCUUAAAGUUAAUAGCUGAUAGGGAAAUUCAAGUAAGUCAAUCAAUGGUAGAGCUUCAAUUAACAUUAAAACUUGGGCAUCGUAUCUUAAAGGACGAGGAAUCAGUGCCAGCACAUCUACGAGAUACCGACGAUUACAAAGAGCUGAUGGAACUCAAGAGAAUCAAGAGGCAAAAAAUUGUUGAAUAUCAGGUAUCAUGCUGUCUUAAGCAUAGAGAAUUUCAUCGGUUUUUCUGUGAUGAGUCCGAAGCGCAUCUAAAGCCUUACCUUUGAUUACAAUGCUGCUUUAACGUCCUAAGUUGUUUAUGAAGAAAUAUUGAUCUGGUGGGGGAGGGGUCAUUUCUUUAAGGGGGAGCUCUGUUAUCAACGUUGCCCGAAGAUUUUUUUCCACAAAGUGUAGCGAGAAAGUCUUUAGGAAUUCUUGAAUAUUUGAAAGCACAAGAUAUUUUUUUCCGAGUACUGAUGCUCGUGGUUUCACCAACAUGACAGUCACUGAAUCCUUGUGUAAGAAGUUACAACUGACUUAGUGACUUUGUUUUCUUGACGCAAAACAAACUCCUAAUUUUUAGAGGCCUUGCGUCACUACAAAGUUCUUUUCUGUAAGAAAAAUUAGUAGGCUCACAACUGAAAGGAUUAGCUGUUGUAGACUUCAACUUUGAUCUACUUGGGAAGCAUGAAGAGUUUCUGUUUAUUUAUUUAUUUAUUUAUUUAUUUACAGCAAACGGAGGAAAGAGUCCUGCAUAACGGAUUUAUGGUAAGCCAGGCAAAGCCAGUUAUUCUGUUUUUCAAUCAAAUUGGACGCAGGAGAUCGGCAAAUACCCAACGCCCAGGCCCCAGUUGUUCAAACGGUAGAUAAUGCUAUCCCGUGCAUAAAGCUCUAUCGUCUGAAUACUGAUUACCCCGAUGGAUAGCAAAGUUGAUAACCACGUGAUGCGAAUUUACUUAUGUGUUCACUUUUUGUUGGCGAGUGUGAAUGAUAUAUUACAUAACAAUGAAUAUUUUCGACUUCGCAGUGCGAUGGCUGUGGAGUAAGUCCCAUACCAGGCACAAGAUGGCACUGUAAUGACUGUUCGAAAGAUAAUAGUGUUGAUUUCUGCAACGAGUGUGUCGAAAGGUUGGUAUAAACUUGAACUGUCAGGCUUGAAAACUGACCCCCGAGUCAUGUAUCCUGCGGGGCAGGCGUUGGUAACGGAAGGGGAAAGGGGGGAAAUAGAGGGGGGACGAAACGUGUUCUCAAGGGAAUUCUCCCCUGUCAUUAAACAACUGCCACACAGGCUACGAAUCAUGGUGCAGACUGGCCUGCAUAAUAGGCGCUCUAGGAGCCAAGAGAGGCGAACGCACUCGUUUCGCGCAAAAUGCCGCGUUUGCCUCGCUUGACUCAUAAAGCACGUGUUAUGCAGGCCAGGUGCAGUCCCAUUAUCUUCUUUAAGUUCCCGUUGAUAUGGAUACCCCGGGGAGUACUCCUGGGAAUUCUUGAUGGGGGUGUGCCGCCCGGAUCUCCAAAUCUUGACCCUAUUUCAGACCAAAAAUAUCACUUUCCACACCCGUUUUCAGACCUGGCAUCCCAAAUCCAUACCAAUUUUAAGACCUGGAAUAGGCCGAAAUUAUGUCAUCAUUACUUGGAUUAGAACGCCAACAAGAAGAUUUCUUGAAAUCCAUUUCGAAUUCGCAUAGUUCUCUUUCUUUCUUACUCAUUUGGAAUUGAAAUAAUAAAUUCGUUUUUAAACUCGUCCCGUAGUUCCCUUGAAAACCAUAGUCGAUUCCAGACCAAAAUGGGCAAAAUCUGUAGCCGUUUUCAGACCGAAAGGGCGCAAAAAACCCUACCCUUUAUGGGGCUGCACAUACCUAUAUGACUUACGUAAGGGAGUACCCUCCCCCCCCCCCCCACCUCCCCCUGUAUGGAGCAAACUUGUGCCGGGUAGAGGGGUCUCUCGCCAAAUCGAACUACCCUGGGUGGGCCAACAUUUCCUCACAAAACUUGGCGAACCGUUUACGUGAGAAACAAAAAGGUUGGCUCGGCUAUUAGGGUCACCCACCUAGCCAAGCCAUCUUUUCUCCAUAUAAACACGUUGGCUCACACAGCCGGGUCAACUCGGUCAAGGUGAGUCAAUCAGAGCAUGCGCGAACGCUAUCGGCCAGGGACAAAAGAUUCAACGUUUUUCCCAUAUAAAAGAUCUCUAAAGUUGACUCGACCGGAAGGGUACCCGUUCUUUUCCGGGACUACUUUUCUCCAUAUAAACAGGACCUUAGACUCUUAACAAAGCGUUUUGAAGGUUUGGUUUAGUCUCUAGGAGGCUUCCUCAAAUUUACGCUUCAUGAGGUGGGUGUGCUUAAUUCAGAAAGGAGAUUUAUAUCCUAUGUCCUGAAAAAUGUUUGUAUAACACUACGAUAACAGUACAACAUUUGAACAAAAGCGACCAGCAACCGGUCAGUUACGCACAUUUUGUUUCAGCUCUUUUUGUUUUUGAGGUUUUUGUAUGGCUGAACAGAAAAUGGCAAGUUUAAAGGGUAAAUUCGGAUUUUCCAAAGAAGGCAUUAAGAAGAGAAUGUUUUGAGAGGGAUUCAUUUGAUAUAUUAUUGUUUGAGGGUGAAUUGAUUACUGGGUUAUGGUAACCGAGCCAAAAGUUUUUUAGUGUAAUUCAACAUUUGUUCAACAGGCCCCAAUUCAAUUUAAAAGGUGGUCAAAGGUGGAUAACGCUAUUUGCUGAAUAAAUCUCUGUUCAGUGGAUAACAUAAUUGGUUUCCCUAAAACUUAUCUGCCUGGUUACCGUGAUUUAUCCAGUUGAUAGCUCUAUCCAUUGUUUGAACAACGACAGCCAGAUGGAUCGUGAUAAUAGAUAUUUUACUUUCGAAAACUGCAUAUUAAAUUUACUUGUACAAAUUAUGGUGAAUGUUGAUCCUGUUUAUAUUGAACAUUCUUCCAUUGCUGACAGAAUUACACCAAAAGAAUUAUUCUUGGCUCAGAAAACGUUUACCUUGCCGACGGUUAGCAGAUAUUUACUUGAUAUUUAGUUCCCGAAUACUUUCUAAAUGUGGCUUCCAAAGGGUAAUAUUGUUGGUCGUGAAAUAUCUUCUGCAGCAUUCAAUUUUGUUUCCCUUCCUUUCUUCAGGGGCAACGUUAAUAUUGGUUCUCAUUCGAGCGAACAUAGCCUGGAGCCAGCAAAAGGAAACUCUUCCUUCUUUGUGGAUGGAGAUUAUGUCGGAUUUAGUGAAGGAGCCACGAGUGCAGGCUAUAACUAUUUAGAUCCUAAUUUCUUGCCCUCCGCGAGAUAGCACCUGCAGAAAGCAGAUGAACACCACCAGAUGAAAGAUCAUACGACGCAAAACGAGGCUGCGCAACGAAAACGCUUUUGGUCUCGUUUUGAAGUAAAGGCUUGGCAGUUGCAGUAAAAUAAAUACCUCUAACCAAGAGAGUUCUCUUG